ACGUCACAUGUGGGCGGGACGGAGGUCUGGUCGACGGAGAGGGAAGCAUUUUAGAGCCGAUUUGGGGAGAGGAGAGGAGCCACCAUGGCUGGGGAGGCGAUGCAGAGCAACCAUGGAAAUUUCCCAAUUUUUGAGCAACUACGAUUGGACCAGAGCUCAGAUUUUUCAGAUACCUCAUUCCAACAGAAAUUGGAUGAAGCCAAAGAGCAGAUUAAACGUGAGAUCAGAAAAGAAUUGAAGAUAAAAGAAGGUGCAGAGAACCUGCGUAAAGCCACCACCGACAAAAAAAACUUGUCCAAUGUGGAACAUGUCCUGAAAAACUCCAAUCGAAAACUGGAGAUGUUACAUGAACAGCUGCAAGACCUAAAUGCCCGCAUUGUGGUUAAGGAUCCUGAGGAAUUGCAAGAUGAACCUCAGUCUCCUGGUACUGUAAGCAGGGAGGCCCGUUCCACUGCCAACAAGAACCGGAUAGUGGCACUAGAGAAACAGCUUGAUAUCGAGAUGAAGGUGAAGCAGGGAGCUGAGAAUAUGAUCCAGAUGUACUCUAGUGGACCUGUGAAGGACCGGAAGAUGUUGUCCACUGCACAACAGAUGCUGCAGGACAGUAAAACCAAAAUUGAGGUGAUCCGUAUGCAGAUCCGCAAGGCAGUGCAGGCAGAUGAGUUGCAUCUAGAAGAUGAGGACGGCCAAGUGAAACCAGAACUAAGUCACCUUGAGCUGAGAAUUGAAGAGCUACGGCAUCACUUUCGGGUGGAACAUGCUGUAUUGGAAGGAGCAAAAAAUGUCCUCCGCUUGCUGGGGUCGGGAAAGGUUCAUGAUAAGAAAGCACUGUCUGAGGCUCAGUCCAGGCUGAAUGAGUCGAGUGAGAAGGUGGACUUAUUAAAGCAUUCUUUAGAGCAGAGAUUAAAUGAGCUCCCAGAAGAUCAUCCGAAGGGCUGUAUUAUUAAAGAGGAACUUGUUAUGUCAAGCUCUCCAGCGUUCAGCAAUCGGAAUAGCACUUCUUACCAACAGAACCAGUAUAGCACACUUUACAAGCCAUCACCACUGACAGGUACACUGGAGGUCCGGAUCGUUGGUUGUACAGGUCUUUUAGAGGCUGUUCCAGGGCGAUCUCGUGGGUCUGGUGUCCCCUUGCCUGCAUACAGUCCCAACGAGAGUCGAACUUCUUUCAUGAGCAGGACCAGCCGGGGUCUGUACGGAAGAAGUGGAAGUGGCAGUGGCCGCAACCUCAUUAUCAAAUCUGAAGAGUUAUCCAGCGAUGUGAGUGCCGUCCUCAAGCUUGACAACACAGUUGUUGGACAGACAGCAUGGAAAACAGUUGGUGAACAAUCAUGGAAUCAGACCUUCACAGUAGAGCUGGAGCGUUCUCGGGAAUUAGAGAUCAGUGUUUACUGGCGGGACUGGCGUUCUCUCUGUGCCUUAAAAUAUCUUAAACUGGAAGACUUCCUGGAUAACCAACGGCAUGAAAUACAGCUAGAUUUGGAACCUCAGGGAGUGCUCUUGACAGAGGUCACGUUUUCUAAUCCUGUGAUUGAACGAAUACCCAAACUACAACGGCAAAAGAAGAUUUUCUCCAAACAGCAAGGGAAGGCUUUCCUUCGAGCUCCUCAGAUGAAUAUUAACAUCGCCACGUGGGGUCGGUUGUUGAGGAAAGCAUUUCCUGCUAUUAAUUCCACAGGAACAUAUAGCCCCUCAUCUUACAUGACUGCUGUCUCUGAGGGCAGGCAGACGCUGUCCACCAACAUGCCUGGAGACUUGUCAUUUGAAAAAUUGUCCUUUGAUGUCGAUGAGCCUUCAAGCACACCUCGAAAGGCUUCAUUGGAGUCAAGGAGCAGUCCCAAUGGUGAUAAGACAAUGCAGUCUGUCGUACUGCAGUGUUACAGACAACUCCAGACUGAUGUCAUUCAUCCAGUUUCUCCAGUAAAGCAAAUUUCAUCCACAUCUGAAUCAGAUGGUAAUCGGCAAAGCAUACAGCUGAAAUCCUCACUGACUCUGGAUGAUUUCAAGCUGAUUGCAGUCUUGGGCAGGGGACACUUUGGAAAGGUGCUGCUGUCAGAAUAUAAAAAAUCAGGGCAACUAUUCGCCAUUAAAGCUUUGAAGAAAGGAGAUAUUGUUGCAAGGGAUGAGGUUGACAGCCUUAUGUGUGAGAAACGGAUCUUCGAGACUGUGAACAUCUCCAAUCAUCCAUUCCUAGUCAAUCUUUUUGCGUGUUUCCAAACCCCAGAGCAUGUAUGCUUUGUGAUGGAGUAUACGGCCGGUGGAGAUCUCAUGAUGCACAUACACGCUGACGUUUUCUCGGAACCUAGAGCUGUGUUCUAUUCUGCAUGUGUUGUUCUUGGGCUGCAAUUCCUUCAUGAUAACAAGAUUGUGUACAGGGAUUUGAAGCUUGAUAACUUGCUCCUUGACACAGAGGGUUAUGUCAAAAUUGCUGAUUUUGGACUUUGUAAGGAAGAUAUGGGCUAUGGUGAGCGGACGAGCACUUUCUGCGGUACUCCAGAGUUUCUUGCUCCUGAGGUUCUGACAGACACCUCUUACACCCGGGCUGUGGACUGGUGGGGACUUGGUGUUCUCAUCUAUGAGAUGCUGGUGGGAGAGUCUCCAUUUCCAGGGGAUGAUGAGGAGGAAGUGUUUGACAGCAUUGUCAAUGAUGAGGUUCGAUACCCACGAUUCCUAUCUACUGAGGCCAUCGCUGUAAUGAGAAGGUUGUUACGAAGGAAUCCUGAGCGCCGGCUGGGAUCCAGUGAACGCGAUGCAGAAGAAGUGAAGAAGCAGCCAUUCUUCAGGGAAAUAGAUUGGCAAGCCUUGCUUGCCAAGAAAGUGAAACCCCCUUUUGUUCCUACCAUCCGUGAUCGGGAGGAUGUCAGUAAUUUUGAUGAAGAGUUUACUGCAGAAGAGGCAACACUGACCCCACCACGAGAGCCCAGGAUUCUCACUGAGAAGGAGCAGAUUAUGUUUAAGGAGUUUGAUUAUGUCUCAAAAUAUUGUUAAUGUUCUUCGACAGCCUUGUCCUGCAAUAAUUAUAGUCACUGGUUUCAUAUUUUCAAAUCUUAAAAGAAACCCAUGUCGGUGGAACCAUGCUCUGAAAUGUGAUGCAAUCCCUCUGCUUUUUUUUUCAAAAAAAAAGCUUUUAUUUAUAUAUAUUUUUUGAUCAAUCUUAAUUUUUUUAUAUUUCUAGAAACCAUAACAAAUUAAGGUUGCAAGCAAGUUGACCUGCUGCACCAGGGGCCUCUGACGCUCUUUGCCAGGUCAAGCUGUUACCUUGUUGUACUGAAAACCUCACCUUCCCCUCAUGACAAAAUCCCACCCUACUCCCACAUUAUGUCACACUAUCACUCUGCUGUACCUGGACUGACACCUUCAAUCAUGAUUAGUAAAUCUAAAAGGAUGCUAUUCUACCAGGUUAAUUUGCAAGCAACUGCAGGACUGCUGGAUAGAAUUACAAUGAAUUGCAAUUAGUUCAAAAAAGAUCAAAUUUUAGAGUUAGUUAGGAUUGAGCAACAGGGGACUGCAGCUUCUUGGUUUUUUUAUGUUUUAGUUGCACUUUUCCAGAUCUGUUUGAUGUUCCAAUUAUCUUUAAAGAUUCUGCUCAUGGUGAAUAAUGUGACAGUGAUACAGGGUCUGUGCAGCCCCUUGCAUCGACCCAUACCUACCAUAACCAGUCACAGUUCUCCGUAUCCUGCCCCAGUUCUCUACAGGUCAAAACAGCACUCAUGUCCUUCUCUCUCAUAUUUCAGCUCACCUUCAAAAUCAAGGCUCACCAAAUUGAGGAGGUUGUGUUAUGAAUGUACUAGUCACUUCACUGUAUGCCUGGUGUGCCUGUAGCCUCUACAAUUAACAAAUUGGUGAUCUUGUUAUCGUGACAAUGCUGACUUGGUUUACAUACUAAUUUAGAAGCUUAAAACACAAGUAGAUACAAAUAUCAGCACGGGGCUAAUUGCACUGACAUCUGGAGCAUAAGCUCAUCAAUUUUUGAAAUGAAUGUUCAGUGAGAGUGGAGCUGAACCUGUUCGGUUUCUGUUGCACCUCCCUCCCCCACUUGAAUCCAGAUGACUACUGCCUUACAGGAUGGAAACCUGUCCAGUCAAGCCUUCGUGACAGUUGUACAGUUGAGGACAUUAAGGUUACAAAAAAGUACUGCAGGUACUGGAGAUUUGAAAUUAAAGGUAGAAAGUGCUGGAUGAGCUCAGCAGGCCUGACAGCAUCAAAGGAAAGAGAAAAGCAAGUUAACAAGUUUGAGUCUGAAUUCAAUACUCUUCACAAGCACCUCUUCCAAAGAGGAGUCAUGUUGAAUUUGAAAUUAAUGCCCUUUCUCUCUGUCUCCGCUGAUGAAGCCAGAUUGCUCAGUUUCUCUUAACUUUUUUUUAAAGGUCUAUCAUAUAAAUGCAGGCCUUGCUGGAUGCCCAUCUGCCCAGAGGAGUUUCACAGUAGCUUAGUGGUUAUUACUGUUACCUCACAGGGCCAGGGAUCCAGGUUCAAUUCCAGCCUCGGGCAACUGCCUGUGUGGACUUUGCACAUUCACCCCAUGUCUGCGUGGGUUUCCGCCGCGUACUUCAGUUUCCUCCCACAGUCCAGAGAUGUACCGGUUAGGUGGAUUGGCCAUGCUAAAUUACCCACAGGGUCCAGGGAUGUGCUGGCUAGGUGUGUUAGCCAUGGGAAAUGCAGGCCUGCGGUGAUAGGGUAGGGUGGGUGAGUCUGGGUGGGAUGCUAUUUGGAGAAUUGGUGUGGACUUGUUUGGGCAAAUGGCCUGUACUAUUUUUAAAAAAUAGUGAAAUAAAAAGAGACGCUUGCUACUUUAAUUUGAUCUCCAGCAACUGUAGGACGUUGUUUUUAUUUUGGGCCCUGAUGCCAGAGUUGGAUUUCAAGUUGUGUACACUGUUGAUGUUUCUGUCAUGAGAAAUAUUGUAAUUAAAUCUUGCCUUGCAUUCCUGUUCCUCCCCAAGGAUACCCCACUUAGAAAUGCUGCUGAUGUUCCUCUGGGGAGAUAUGUCUCAAUCAUUAUUCCAGAUACUCCUUUGAAUGAGCCAAUGGGUGGUAGCUGGUAUACUCUAAAGGAUUCUUAACCUCUUCUAUGAUUGUGUUGGUCCCAAUUCCAACUUGGCUGUCACUGUCUCCACAGUUAACCUAAAGCCACUUCUUGUCAUUAGCCAUUGCAGAAUGUCUGAAACUGAAGCCUAACCAGAUAUAAAUGAAGGAUGUAAAGCAUGAUCUUGAGUGAAGGGCUAAAGACUGAACGUGCUACUGAAAUCCCCCGAGGGGCCACUAAGGCUGUGGCUGUUACUGUUACUAUCCACUCCAAGGUCAUUCUGCCCCAUUAGCAACAAUAGCUUAGAUUGUCAAGGAAACUUGACUAUUUUUUUAUUGAUAGAAAGGUGUAUUUUUUAAAAAAAGAACAAAUGAAAUUGGUAUAAAUAGCUUUUUUUUCUUGUUUAAUGUAUCAUUACUACCAAUGUUCAUUCUUUGAAUAAGAUGAUUUAGCCAC